AUGGCAUCUGUUGCAGUAUCAACUCCCUUAAAGUCCCACAAGGGACUUUUCUCCUCUCGUACCGCUGGCGGACGGAUGCCCCUCACACCAUCCCCUCGUCAACGUACCACAACUGUCAAUGUUCCCAUCAACGUGAACUCAUCCCCUUUCACGCCCGACAAGAAGUCUUCUAGCCGCGAUACAUCCCGCCCAGCCAGCAAGUCAGUGUAUGGAGGAAACCUAUCGGCACACCUUGCCAAGACAACCUCAAGAUCGUCUCACCGCAAUUCACCCAAGUCUAACCUUGCCCGCGGUGUUUCCACCCCCCGCAAGGCUCUUGAGCUUGGUGUAUCCGACUUUACCCUUGUUGGUACAGGACAAACCAAGACAUCUUCUAGCCCAAAGCCCAAGAAGACGGCAGCGCCUUCAAGAUCAAAGUCCAACAAGACCACCAUUUCUUACGCUGCGGAUCGCUUCAUUCCUAACCGAAGCAACAGCUCUGCUAUUGCUAAUGCUGGAUCUGGAAAGCUUGAUUCUCAGGAGAAGAAGAAGCAGCGAUCAAGGGCCAACAGUGGUGAAGCCUCUGCUGUUCUAUCUUCCGCUACCGAUGAUGCUAUCGCCGCGCUUGAAAGUCUUAACAUUGAUGACGACGAAGCCGCCAGCUACUCUCGUCCGUCGCCUAACACAGUAGCGUAUCAAGAUUCUCUUGCAAAUGCUUGUGGUGUUAACCUGAACACUCGCAUUCUCCAAUUCAAGCCUGCCCCACCGGAGUCUUCUAAGCCUAUCGAUCUUCGUCAGCAGUACAACCGACCGCUUAAGUCAGCUAAUGCUAGUUCUGCUCAGUUCCGACGCCGCAUUGCGACUGCCCCUGAACGAGUCCUAGAUGCCCCAGGCUUGAUUGACGACUACUACUUGAACCUGCUCGAUUGGAGCUCUGGCAACCAAGUUGCUAUCGGCCUGGAGCGCAGUGUCUACGUCUGGUCAGCCGAUGAAGGCGCAGUGAGCUGCUUGUUAGAGACCAGCGCUGAUACAUAUGUCAGCAGCGUUAAGUGGUCCGGUGAUGGCGCCUACGUCGGUGUUGGUCUUGGGACCGGCGAGGUCCAGAUCUGGGACGUUGCUGAAGGCAUGAAGGUGCGCAGCAUGUUCGGCCAUGACACUCGCGUUGGUGUGAUGGGCUGGAACAAGCACCUUCUCUCUACUGGUGCCCGAAGUGGACUCGUGUACAACCACGAUGUUCGUAUUGCCGAACACAAGGUGGCCGAACUUGUAUCUCACACUUCUGAAGUCUGCGGUCUUGAAUGGCGAUCUGAUGGUGCCCAGCUUGCAACUGGAGGCAACGAUAACCUUGUCUCUAUCUGGGAUGCUCGAUCGCUAGCUGUCCCCAAGUUUACCAAGACGAACCACAAGGCGGCGGUCAAGGCCCUGGCCUGGUGCCCGUGGAACAUGAACCUCCUCGCGACUGGUGGUGGCUCUUACGACCGCCACAUUCACUUCUGGAACACUACUUCUGGCGCCAGAGUGAACAGUAUCGACACUGGUUCCCAAGUCACCAGCCUCCGAUGGAGCACUAGCUACCGUGAGAUUGUCAGCUCGAGCGGAUUCCCUGACAACUCUCUCAGCAUCUGGAGCUACCCUACUCUGGUCCGCAACGUCGAGAUCCCUGCUCACGAGAGCCGAGUUCUCCACAGCUGCCUCAGUCCUGAUGGACAGAUGCUUGCCACCGCAGCUGCCGACGAGAGCUUGAAGUUCUGGAAGGUGUUCGAGAAGAAGGCUGGUGCUACCGCGGGUGUUGGUGCCAGUGGCUCUUCCAGCAAGGCACAGAUGGCCAAGCAGAUGACCAUCCGAUAA